UCCACUGUAUAUCUUUUAUCGCUACAUAGGCACGUUCUUCCGCACUCAAACUUCGCACUCACCAGGUCGUGUGCUAUAUCGAGCUUGUUUGAAGGGAUUUUGACUGAGUCGAAAAUGGCCGAAGUAUCCGACCACCCAACCGACGACCAGCAGCCAAAGGGCAAUGCGCGCGACAUUUCAGUGGUGCAAGAUGCCCCAGCAGCAGUCAUGGAAGGCUCGCUGGAUCCCGUCUAUGAGGCAAAAGCAAAGGUUUUGAACAAGGCAAUCCAGGACAUUGGCAUGGGCCGAUAUCAGUGGCAGCUCUUUAUAGUUAUUGGUUUUGGUUGGGCUUCCGAUAACCUCUGGCCCAUUGUCACAUCGCUCAUCUUCACUCCGGUCAAGAACGAGUUCAACCCAACGCGCGCCCCCUUCCUCAGUCUGGCACAGAAUAUCGGACUCCUUGUGGGCGCAGUCUUCUGGGGUUUUGGAUGUGAUAUUUUCGGGCGUCGAUGGGCGUUCAACCUUACCAUAGGAAUCACCGCCGUUUUCGGUCUGAUCGCGGCUGGCUCCCCCAACUUUGCCGCCAUCGGCACAUUCGCAGCACUCUGGAGCAUAGGAGUCGGCGGUAACUUGCCCGUUGAUAGCAGCAUAUUUUUAGAAUUUUUGCCGGCUACUCAUCAAUGGCUUCUCACAGUGCUCAGUAUUGACUGGGCGCUGGCUCAAGUCUUUGCGACGCUCGUGGCGUGGCCGCUGUUGGGAAACCUGACGUGCGAAGAGGAGGAAGAAGGCGGCUGCACCAAAUCCAAGAACAUGGGCUGGCGCUACUUCAUGAUUGUUAUGGGCGGGGUCGCCAUGAUCAUGUUCUUUGUCCGUUUCGUCUGCUUCACCAUCUACGAAAGCCCCAAAUUCCUCAUGGGCAAGGGGCAAGACGCCGAAGCCGUCAAAAUCGUCCACGAAGUCGCCCGUCGCAACGGGAAAACAAGCCCCCUUACCCUCGAAGACCUCGAAGUCUGCAAUAAUCUCGGGUCAUCGUCAUCCUCACCGGGCAUCGCACCCACCGGGGCAGCAACCCAAUCCCACGUCUCCACAGCCCUCAAACGCAACCUCCAAAAGGUCGACGCCUCCCACCUAAAAGCCCUCUUCGCGUCCCCCUCCCUGAUCCUCUCCACCACCCUCAUAACCACAAUCUGGGCCUUCAUCGGUCUCGCUUUCCCCCUCUACAACGCAUUCCUCCCGUACGUCCAAGCCACGCGAGGCGCCGAAUUCGGCGACGGAAGCACAUACCUAACCUACCGCAACUCACUCAUAAUCGCGGUUCUCGGCGUCCCCGGGUGUCUACUGGGCGGAUACCUAGUCGAGACGCGAUCGCUAGGGCGCAAAGGCACGCUCGCGGCCUCGACGGUGCUGACGGGCGCGUUUAUCCUCUGCAGCACGACGGCGCUCGACUCGGCCGCCCUGCUCGGCUGGAACUGCGCCUACAAUUUCAUGUCAAACAUCAUGUACGCCGUGCUCUACUCUUACACGCCCGAGAUCUUCCCCACCAAAGACCGUGGGACGGGGAAUGCCGUUACCGCGUCGGCGAAUCGCGUGUUUGGCAUCAUGGCGCCUAUUGUCGCCAUGUUUGCGGAUUUGGAGACGAAUGCGCCGGUUUAUGUCAGUGGGGCUUUGUUUGUAGCGGCUGGGCUUGCGGUGCUGGUUUUGCCGUUUGAGAGCAGGGGGAAGGCUAGUAUGUAGGGAGGUAUAUGAGAGCUGUUUCUUGGGGUUUCCAAAAGACGUAGCAUCUUGGGGGGGAAACCCUGCCUUGGGGAAGAGAGUAGAGAGUGUAACAAUUUGACCAAGAAUAAAUGGAAUUCUAGAAAUCCACUUCUGAUUGUGACUGUCUAUAGAUAGUCAAGUACAUAUAUCUACAGGAGCAAACAGGGUUUCCCGUCUCUUAAUCAUCAGAUAUUCUUUUUCAUCUCAUACAUGCCUAUUGAAUUUCUUUACCUGCUAGUUUCUAAACUCUUGUCACAUGCUAUAGUCUAAUAUUAAAUUACUUAUAUCUCUCUUAAUUAUGUGUCUCUUACUUACGUGUCUCAUUUAUGUGCCUCUCACUUAUGUGUCUUUUACCUAUAUGUCUCUUACCUACAUCUCUUACCUACAUCUCUUACCUACAUCUCUUACCUACAUCUCUUACCUACAUCUCU